AUGUAUAAUAAAUCAACCUAUUCAAAGCAGCAGCAGGAGUUGGCUAAGCAGGAGCAGGAGCUGGCCAAGCAAGAGCAAGAGCUGGCUAAGGUGAGGGGCCGGCUUCAGCCAUGGAAGGAGGCGAACGAGAUCCUGAGGGAGGAUAACAAGACUCUCUCCGUGGCCCUUGAUGAGGCGAAGCGGCGGGAGUCUGAACUCCGGACUGCGCGUAGCGACCUUUUGCGGGUGCAGAAAUCUCUUGAGAUUGCAUUGCGGUCCAAUGAGGCUUAUGCUUCUCGGGUGGGGGAGCUGCAGGAACUCGCCACCUUCUCCCGGGCGCGGGCCCGCUCUUUGGAGGACGAGGUGACGUCCUCCCGUGACCAGGGGAUAGAUACGGUGCGGCUGGAUCACGUGAGCGCGUCCGCCGACAUGGAUUCAUUGUGGAGCGUGGGGGUGACCGCGGAGAGGUUUUUUCCUCAAGGUAUGUUGAGCUCCGAGGACCAGGGAUUGAUUGACAGGAUCGGUCUCGAGGACAGUUUUGAUGCUGCCCAGGUCAUGCUGCAGAGGGUGAUAGGCAUAGUGAGUCACUGGAAUCCCAAGUGGGGCCAGCAGCGAGAAGACUUGGCCAAGCAGCAGCAGGAGUUGGCUAAGCAGGAGCAGGAGCUGGCCAAGCAAGAGCAAGAGCUGGCUAAGGUGAGGGGCCGGCUUCAGCCAUGGAAGGAGGCGAACGAGAUCCUGAGGGAGGAUAACAAGACUCUCUCCGUGGCCCUUGAUGAGGCGAAGCGGCGGGAGUCUGAACUCCGGACUGCGCGUAGCGAAUAUUAA